AUGGGUGAGGUGACAGCAGAGGAGGUGGAGAAGUUUCUGGACUCAAAUAUUGGCUUUGCCAAAGAGUACUACAACCUCCGCUACCGGGCUAAGGUUAUCUCAGAGCUGCUUGGAGCCAAGGAGGCAGCCGUGGACUUUAGCAACUACCACUCACUGAGCAGUGUGGAAGAGAGUGAAAUCAUCUUUGAUCUCCUGCGGGACUUCCAGGAAAACUUACAGGCUGAGAAGAGCACUUUCAAUGUCAUGAAGAAGCUGUGCUUCCUCCUGCAGGCUGACCGAAUGAGUCUGUUCAUGUACAGGACCCGCAACGGUGUCGCAGAGCUGGCUACCCGUCUCUUCAAUGUGCACAAGGAUGCUGUCCUCGAAGACUGCCUGGUGAUGCCUGACUCAGAGAUCGUCUUCCCUCUGGACAUGGGUGUCGUGGGACACGUUGCACACUCUAAAAAGCUUGCCAACGUCCCCAACACAGAAGAGGAUGAGCAUUUUUGUGACUUUGUGGACAACCUCACAGAGUACCAGACCAAGAACAUCUUGGCCACCCCCAUAAUGAAUGGGAAAGAUGUAGUGGCUGUAAUCAUGGCUGUGAAUAAAGUAGAAGGAUCACACUUCACCAAGAAAGAUGAAGAGAUUCUUCUCAAGUACCUCAAUUUUGCAAAUCUAAUCAUGAAAGUGUUCCACCUGAGUUACCUGCACAACUGUGAGACUCGACGUGGCCAGAUACUGCUGUGGUCCGGCAGCAAAGUCUUUGAAGAGCUUACAGAUAUCGAGAGGCAAUUCCACAAAGCCCUGUACACAGUCCGUGCGUUUCUCAACUGUGACAGAUAUUCUGUGGGUCUUCUAGAUAUGACCAAGCAGAAGGAAUUUUUUGAUGUAUGGCCAGUUCUGAUGGGUGAGGCUCCACCCUACUCUGGUCCCAGAACUCCAGAUGGAAGGGAAAUUAACUUUUACAAAGUCAUUGACUACAUCCUGCACGGCAAAGAAGACAUCAAAGUAAUCCCGAAUCCACCUCCUGACCACUGGGCUUUAGUAAGCGGUCUCCCUACAUACGUUGCCCAAAAUGGCCUGAUUUGCAAUAUCAUGAAUGCAGCUGCGGAGGACUUUUUUGCAUUUCAGAAAGAGCCACUGGAUGAGUCUGGAUGGAUGAUCAAAAAUGUCCUGUCAAUGCCCAUUGUAAACAAGAAGGAAGAAAUCGUUGGGGUGGCCACGUUUUACAAUCGCAAGGAUGGGAAACCCUUUGAUGAAAUGGAUGAGACCCUCAUGGAGUCUUUGACUCAAUUCCUGGGAUGGUCUGUCUUAAAUCCUGACACCUAUGAAUCCAUGAACAGACUUGAAAAUAGGAAAGAUAUUUUCCAGGACAUUGUGAAAUAUCACGUGAAGUGUGAUAAUGAAGAAAUUCAGAAAAUCCUGAAAACCAGAGAGGUGUAUGGGAAGGAGCCAUGGGAAUGCGAGGAAGAGGAACUGGCAGAGAUCCUGCAAGGGGAGCUGCCAGAUGCAGACAAAUAUGAAAUUAAUAAGUUCCACUUCAGUGACUUGCCCCUCACGGAGCUGGAGCUGGUGAAAUGUGGGAUACAGAUGUAUUAUGAACUCAAAGUGGUGGAUAAAUUUCACAUUCCACAAGAGGCCCUGGUGCGGUUCAUGUACUCCCUGAGCAAAGGCUACCGCAGGAUCACCUACCACAACUGGCGGCAUGGCUUCAACGUGGGCCAGACCAUGUUCUCCUUGCUGGUGACAGGAAAGCUAAAGCGAUACUUCACUGACCUGGAGGCCUUGGCCAUGGUUACUGCUGCCUUCUGUCAUGACAUUGACCACAGAGGCACCAACAACCUCUACCAGAUGAAAUCCCAGAACCCACUGGCAAAGCUCCAUGGUUCCUCCAUCUUGGAAAGACACCAUUUGGAAUUCGGCAAAACCCUGCUGAGAGAUGAGAGCCUGAAUAUCUUUCAAAACCUCAAUCGCCGCCAGCAUGAGCAUGCAAUCCACAUGAUGGACAUUGCAAUCAUCGCCACUGACCUUGCUCUGUAUUUCAAGAAGAGGACAAUGUUCCAGAAAAUUGUGGAUCAGUCAAAGACAUAUGAGAACACACAAGAGUGGACCCAGUACAUGAUGUUGGAGCAGACGAGGAAGGAAAUCGUUAUGGCCAUGAUGAUGACUGCUUGUGAUCUCUCGGCCAUCACCAAGCCCUGGGAGGUGCAGAGCAAGGUGGCUCUGCUGGUGGCAGCUGAAUUCUGGGAGCAGGGUGACUUGGAGCGCACGGUGCUGCAACAGAAUCCCAUUCCCAUGAUGGACAGAAACAAGGCAGAUGAACUCCCGAAGCUUCAAGUCGGCUUCAUUGACUUUGUUUGCACCUUCGUCUAUAAGGAGUUCUCCCGUUUCCACGAGGAGAUAACCCCCAUGCUGGAUGGGAUCACCAACAACCGCAAGGAGUGGAAGUCCCUUGCUGAUGAGUAUGAAACUAAGAUGAAGGCGCUGGAGGAGGAGAAGCAGAAGCAGCAGGCAGCCAAGCAAGCAGCCUCAGGAAACCAGCCUGGGGGCACCCCGAACCCAGGGGGUGCACCUGCAUCCAAGUCCUGCUGCAUCCAGUAGCGUGACCAGGUUGCGCCUGACCAGGAUGGGCUACAUUUCAAGGGAAGAAGUCAUCUAAGUAACGGAAGCCACAGACCUUCUUGAGACGUGAGAGUCACAGGAUUUGUGAGCUGACGGAGAACUCAGUUUACGUCUUAUCUAGUGGUUUUAAAAUAUCAUCUUAGACUCGAGAACUUUCUAUUGAGCUGAAACUGAUAUUCUAGAUUUCAUAGACAUCAAUUCAAUUUUUAAUUAAUGUCAGAUUCACCAAGCAUUUUUGUCAUUUAUUUUAUUUUAUUUCUCAGUACUAAAGAUUGAAUGUAGGCAAACGGCGUACUACUGUUACAUCCCCAGCUCACCUUUGUUCUUUACUUUCAUUAUAAAAGGUUUUAGUUACUCUCAAGUAGAAAAUGUCCACUGAAUCUCCAUUCGAAUGUACAUUUUGCUUCAUCUGUAUUUUUUUUUUUACAUUAUUUUCUGGGUUUGUUUUUUUUUUAGCAAAAGUAUUUAAAGGCAAAUUCCUCACAUACCCUGUCACUCCUCUAUUGUUUUAAAGGAACGGGUGACUUUAUAACAUGACUACACUAUUAUGUGCAGCAAUUGAGCACCUCAUACCCAACUGUGGGGUACACCAGGAUGAGCCGCAGACCAGCCCCUUCUUCAGGAAAAGAUGUGGGAGUUCAGUAGCCACAACUGCUUGCAGCAGAUGGCCCUUGGUGUCAGCCCCUUCAGAGGUUUUCUCAGCUGCAGGGAUACUCUUUCUGUGUUCCAGGGUGUUCUGUACCUACCGACUGAUGGAAAGUCCUCCCCACCUUGGUGCAGCACGGGCAUCCUAGCUCCAAGCCCCCUUGUGGUCACCAAAGCUACUGCCAGGCUUGCACCACCGUCCAGCUUCCACGCCCACCCCUGUUCAUUUCCUUCCCUCCGCAAGCGUCCUGCAGAGUCCACUGAGCCUGCUUCGCAGGGGACCCACCUUGUGGUGCUAGCCCUUAGUCACCUUCUCCCACUAUCACAAAAAUGUCUGAGAUUCGAUUUGUGUAAAUUUAGUUGUUAUGUUUGACUUUAAUUGUUUCCUAUUUGUUUGGGGGAAGACACACUUUCUUCUUGGCUCUCUCACUGAUUUUAAUGAAUGUAAAUUUAUGUAACAUUCUCGAUUGCAAACUUCUGUUUUGAUUAACAGGCAUUUGGUUGGUUGUAAACACAGGUAGAACUUAUUUUUUAAAAACCAAAUCUAAGUAGGCUUUGGUGAAUCUGCCACCUCCCAAAUUUAGUAUUCAUGCCUUAGAAACCGAUGUUGAAAACUGCAAAACAAAACAAAACAAAAAAUCCCCCAAAACUAAAGAUGACAAUACCAUGCUGAAAAGUUUGCAGAAAUUGCUGUUAUACUGGCCCAAAUUCCAAUUUUAUUGUCUGCUGCUCUCCCUGCCUAGCUUUACUUUUCUUUCUUUCCUGAAGUUGUGUAGUGCUGGAGAUGGAACCCAGGGUCCUCCAGCACACCAGGCAAAUACUCCGCCACUGAGCUACACCCCAGGCCCCUCAGCUUUACCUAGUAGAAGUUACAGAUAAAAAUGGUUCCUAUCUGAGGUGCACGGGCAGUGCUGAUACACGCACACAUUGUGGAGUGCUCUCCCAAUCAAGUGAGCUAACAUGUCCAUGGCUUCCCAGUUACAGUAGGGGUCAUAGGUGUCCUAGUCCACAACUGCUCCUUCCUCUUCAUUCCCUUGCCAGGGACUUACUGAAAAAACAAGGUUAAUUGUCCCAUGUUCUAGAUUUGCCCACUAGUUUUUUUUGUUCUAGAUUUGCCCACCUUCCCACAGCUCUUGUUCUCUUACACAUGAACAUUAGCACUAGAACCUUCCUUCCUCCCAGACUGAAGGUUUGGCGGAAACUAGUAGGUGAAAGCAGUUGCUCUGAGGAGCGGGAAUCAUGUGGUUUCCCUGAAGUAUAAAUCCUUGAUCUGCUCUAACUUUUCUCAUAAGGAGGAGCUGAAGGCUAGUCAGGGAUGGGUGUGGGCCAAGUUCAUGCACAGUUCUCUGGCUUCCCUCCAAAAGAUGUCCAACGCCCCAGAGAUCACAAUGUACAAAGCACAGAUCUUGUGACUGCCACAGGGGGAUCUGAGCUCUGGGUGUACAAGCCCUGCCCAAAGUGCAGGUCAUGUCAAAAGGAGGCGAGGUCUGCCUUCUAAUUUUUUUACCUCUCACACUAGAUUUUUAACCUCACUGUAUCUGACACUCUGAGAACAUUAACCUUUUAAGAGAGGCAUGCUCUUGUGUACCUUAUACAUAGUGGCUAAGUGGCAGGCCAGAGAGAAAUAAAUGUCACUGGAAACAUAGGCAUGAAUACUGCUGGCCUUGGGUCUGCCACGACAUGUCUAAGUCUCUCGGACAGCCUCCUGCUGCCUGCUUGCUGAGGCUCAGAAUCCAAGCCAUGCCUCCCACACAGGGGUACAGUUAGCACCGAAAUGCAGGUGUGCCAGAUGAAAACCACAGUUCACGUUGCUUACUGGUGCUUAACUGUCCUAGCUACUGUGUGUGAUUUAAUUUUGUCCCCACAACAACCCUAUAGGGUAGAAGUAUUACCAGCCCUAUUUAUCACGUGAGGAACAGACUCAGAGAGGUUAAGAAACUUGCCCAAGGACAACCAGCUAGUAUGUGAUGGAGUCAGGAAUCAAAGCCAAGCAGCUUGGCAUGAGAACCCUUUCUGAGAAUCAGUUUUUUUUGUAUAUAAAAGACCUUUGAGUUCAUCUAGCCAAGUCAUCAUAGUUUACAGUUAAGGAAACCAGGAGUCUAAAAGGAGCCAUGUCCAAGUUCACGUAAUAUAGACGUAUCAGUCCAGGUUGGGUCCCACAGGCCCAUCCUGAGGUUGUAAAUCUGCCAUCCCACUCCUUGCAAGCAGCAACGCUGUUCUCCUGGAGCUUACUUACCACCAAAUUAGUAAAGGGCAACAGACGCUGAGUAGUCAAUCACACAGCUACCUCCCUAAGGACUCAGGUUCAUGCCAGGGAGCUGUGUAAGCAGAGAUGGGAAAAAUCGUGAUCCUGUCCUUCUCCACUGAAGAAAUCCAAACAAAUGUCACAGACUCAGUAAAUACAUCACUGACCAAUGAGAACAGUACCUGUAUGUAAUAAACAAUUUGAA